CAGUAAUCUAAAUCAAUGAGCACAUAUGGGCAUGCCGCAUACGUAUGGUCGCUCAAAAUUGCAUGUGCGAUUUUAAACGCUUACAAUUAACCAACAAUCACCAAUAAUUCAAAAUUAAGUUUGUCAAUUAACGCACAAGAUGCCACCGAAGAAAGCUCCGGCCGCCGCCAGUAAAAAGACCGAGAUCAAGAAGAAGGAAAAAGUGAUCGAAGACAAAACAUUUGGUCUUAAGAACAAGAAGGGUUCCAAGCAGCAAAAGUUCAUACAACAAGUGGAGAAACAGGUGAAGACUGGAGGUCAUCAUCCACUGGCUGCAGAUGGUGUUAACAAAAAGAAGCUUGAGAAGGAGGAGAAGCUCAAGGAGCAGAAAGAGUUGGCUGCCUUGUUCAAACCAGUGCAGACUCAGAAAGUUGCAAAAGGUGCUGAUCCAAAAACAAUUCUCUGUGCAUUCUUCAAACAGGGACAAUGUACAAAAGGUGAUAAAUGUAAAUUCUCGCACGAUUUGACAAUCGAACGUAAAGCUGAGAAACGAUCACUCUACGUUGAUAUGCGAGAUGACGACGAAAAGGAGAAGGACACUAUGGAAGACUGGACAGAAGAGAAACUCUUGGAAGUUAUUGAGAAGAAGCAUGGGCAAGAAAAGAAGAAACCAACAACAGAUAUUAUCUGCAAACAUUUCCUGGAAGCAGUCGAAAAAUCGAAAUACGGAUGGUUCUGGUCAUGCCCCUCGGGUGGAAACUGCAUAUACCGACACGCUCUCCCACCAGGUUUUGUUCUGAAAAGGACAAGAAAAAAGGAAGAUUUGAAGGAGAAAAUCUCCCUUGAAGACCUCAUCGAAAAGGAGCGUGCGGCGCUUGGUCCGAAACAAACCCGCGUCACGCUGGAAACAUUCAUCGCGUGGAAAAAACGUAAAAUCCAAGAAAAGAAAGAUAACCUUAUCAAGGAUGAAGAGAAAAAACGGCAGGAUUACAAGGCAGGUAGACAAGUCGGUCUGUCCGGACGAGAAAUGUUCAGCUUCAAUCCUGAACUGGCUGUGGACAACGACAUGGAUGACGGUGACGAAGCCUUUGAUGCUGCCGCAUACACGAACGACGAUGAAGACAGCGAAGAGAUUGAAUACAAGGAAUUAAACUUCGAUAUGAUUGGGUUGGAAGCGACGGAAGCGGACGGUACAGGCACAGUGGCAGCCGAAGACCGACUGAAAAAACCACCCGAGGAGAAUGGCAUCGACGAGGCGGCGGCUGUGCCCAUCAACGAGAACCUUUUCACCGAAGAAGAUCUUGACGGGCUGGAUGAAGAACUAGAUGGGCUGGAUAUUGAAGAAUGAUGAUUAGUGGCGCUAGCGUAAGAGGUACAUUUUAAAUAAUUCUCUAAGCGAUUAUGAAAUGAUGAAGUUUAUCAACUGGAUUUGAUUGAAUCUUACACCUUUUUGAGAUUCCUAUAUUUUUAAUGUUGAACUUGUAAUGUUUUUGGAAAUAACGACCAUACUGUAUUCUGGGCUGCCUAUAUUACACUUCAGUACUAGAAGCA